GGGCAAAGCUGGGGCGGUCUGUCAACAACUUCACAGGCCACGUUAGCAUGUACAGCAGACUGAGAGCAGCAGAAUGAAUCCGACCCCUUCGAACAUCACCUUGACUUUCACGGUGUACGGACCUCCAGGCCCCCUGAGUUACAUGCUUUCUACUUUGCUCCUUCUGAUCUACCUCUUCUCAACAUGUGCGAACAUGUUUCUCGCCCUGGUUAUCUACUUGGAAUCCAGUCUCCACAAGCCCAUGUACGUCUUUCUCUUCAACUUGGCAGUGAACGGCGUCAUUGGGAGUUCUAGCGUUUGCCCAAAGAUCAUGGUCCAUCUGUUGUCCGGCGUCCAGGGAAGCUCCUACUAUGGCUGUCUGAUUCAGGUGUUCUUUGUCAACUUCUACGGAACAUCUGCCUACGUGAUUUUAGCAGUAAUGGCUUAUGACCGUUAUGUCUCCAUAUGCAAGCCGUUGCUCUAUCAUGCCAUAAUGACUCCUGCCAAGGUAAAACAGCUGCUGCUCGUCACAUAUUCCUUUCCCAUCUUCUCUUUAUCAGCCCAAGUGUACUUGACGUCAAGGCUUCCGUUAUGCAGAUAUACCAUUACCAAGCUGUUUUGUGACAAUCUCGCAAUUGUCAAUCUGUCCUGCGUGAAAAGUAACCUGGAUAACAUUUUUGGAAUAUUUAUAGUUCUGAGUCUUGCUGUGCUUCCUCUGACUUGUGUGGUGAUCUCCUACAUACAGAUACUGAAGGUUAGCUGGAAGACCUCCAGAGACUCCCAGCAGAAAGCGUUAAGCACCUGUACUCCUCAUUUAGUCGUCUUUAUAAAUUUCUCGCUAGCAACACUCUUCUCUGUCAUUUAUAAUCGAGCCAAUAUGUACAUUUCAAGUGAGGUCAACAUAUUCAUGUCCCUGCAUUUCAUCCUGAUCCCCCCAGUUCUGCAUCCAGUAAUAUACGGGAUCAGAUCAAAAGAGAUCAGGCGGUGCUUCAUGAAAAUACUGAGAAGUAGGAAUCUUUUUACAGUCUUGGUAGAUACUGUUGAAGUUAAAUCCACAUUUGCAUGUUGAAUAAAGAAAAGCACUGGAUGGAAACCGGGAUUGUUUUGGGCCCUGUUGGGUGUGUUUGAUUUCUCGGGGGAGGCUGAACAUUCAGAGGGCAGGAAUCCAGCAGCAUGGAUUAAGCCAUAUCUAAUCAGCCACAGGCUGCCUCUCGCUACAUGCUGCUUGGGGACAUCCCUCGCAGUUGCCCUGCCUCUGUAAUGUUUUUUUUCAUCGUCUGGGGAUCAAAGACACUCAAAGCCACGAAGCCACCAUCAAAUUAGAGGGAGAUCAUCACCAAACAUGUCCCCAAAGGCUUCGUCACACAGUUCAGCUUACGGACUCUUAGUUGUGCUAAUAGCUACACUAACCAUAAUUGAGCAUUUUCUGUGGUUUAACUCUUUCAUUAAUUCAUAUUGUAAUGCAUAUCUUCACACAGUAUCCUAGUGACUUUACUGGUUUGCUGGUUAACAGGUGAAUGAAUGCAGAUAAUCUUAAAGGGUGUUAAAUGACAAUGAUAAUGUGCUCACAAUGUAUGUAAUGUAUAAAGGAGUAUAUUUCUGUGCUGCUAUAUAUAUAUACUGUAU